CUCCGGCCAGACACUACCACUCACUUUGCAAGUGAGCACUUUGCGAAUAGGUGCAUAACAUGCGACCAGGGUUCCCCAUCUCUACAGGGGAGUUCCUCCAUCUUCUUCAGCGAUGUAUGCCUCCAGAUGGCUGGCCUAGGGCAGUAGGUGUAGCAAAUUCGGGCGGCCCUGAUUCUGCGUGUCUCUUAUUUCUCCUCGCCUCUGUCGUCAGAAACCACAAUGGAGCCCGUGGGCUUCCCCAGAAAGUGGUCUCGCUGCAUGUCAACCAUGCAUUGCAGAAGGCUUCCUUCGAUAUGGUUCACGCCGCUGAACAGGCCGCAUUGAGGGCACAAGUCCACCAUCGCACAUUGAAUAUCCCAUGGGGAAGGAGCUCGUACCCUGAUAAGCCGCAAGAAAACCAGCCAUCCGAACAGAUAGCUCGGGACGCGAGAUACAGACUGCUGUUUCGGACAAUGAUCCACGAAGACCUCCCAGCAAUCGCCUAUGGGCACCAUGCUGAUGAUCAGGUAGAGACCGCCAUAAUGCGUCUAGCCAUGGGCAGCAGUGACCUGGGUGCAGCUGGUAUGCGGCCAGUCCGUCGAUGGGGGAUGGGUGAAUCAUCUGGUACGCAGCCGUACGGUCCUCACGGCAUGAGCCGUUGGAUUGUCCGACCGCUCUUGACUGUUCCUAAGGACAGAAUACUUCUCACAUGCGAGACAUAUGAAUUACUGUAUGCCCAUGACCCCACCAAUUUCCAGCCAUCCCUCACGCUGCGGAAUGCCAUUCGACAUCAUCUCUCGCAAGCCAAAACCGUGGAUAUGGGCGAAGACACUUUCGAACGCGAAGGGAUGCCCAAAGGCAGAGAUGUUGACAACCGCGCAAAUACGGACAAAAGCGAAGAUGCAAGCAAGGGGGAAGACAUGCCCAGCGGCAAAGACAUCGACAAUGAUCUUGCUGUAUGUAGAUGACCAUGUGAGAUUGGCUUUGGAAGCUUA